AUGAGAAGGGUUGACCCAGACCCGCUGGCCCUUAACCGACCCAUUCAUCUUUGAAGCGGCAACAACUUCUCCUCAAUAUUCCCUGUUUAGGCGUGUACCAAAAUUCUCAAAGUUUCUUCCUUGAUUGAUUCUUGAAAAGGGUGUUGUUUUAGUCAUUUUGGAUCAGUAAUGGCGACGUUGGUACGGUCAGUUGCUCGUAGUUUGAGGAGAAAGAAUUUGUCUUCAAUGUAUUCCCCUGCCUCCACAUUGCAGUCCCAUGCCACCAGUUUUGGUUUUAAGGACAUAGCAGAAGAAGAUAAGAGCAAGAUGGUUGGGAAUGUAUUUACAAGUGUUGCUUCAAACUAUGAUCUCAUGAAUGAUCUAAUGAGUGGUGGACUUCAUCGUUUGUGGAAGGACAGAUUGGUUUCAAAGUUGAAUCCUUUUCCAGGAAUGAAGCAUCUUGAUGUCGCUGGUGGAACAGGGGAUGUUGCUUUCAGGAUCCUUGAAAAUAUAAAAAAUGUCAAGCGCAGAGCUAUACAAGAUGCUCUUGAUGAUGACCUGAUUGAAGAUACUAGAAUUUAUGUAUGUGACAUCAAUCCAAACAUGUUGGGUGUUGGUAAGAAGAGGGCUGAAGAAAGAGGUUUUGGACGGGAUAAGUCUCUCGUUUGGGUGGAGGGAGAUGCAGAAGCGUUGAGCUUUGAAGAUAACUCAAUGGAUGGUUAUACAAUUGCUUUUGGUAUCAGGAAUGUUACACACAUAGAGAAAGUUCUUGCUGAAGCAUAUAGGGUGCUUAAAAAGGGAGGAAGGUUUCUUUGCCUUGAACUAAGCCACGUUGAUAUCCCGGUUUAUAAGGACCUGUAUGAUGUCUACUCAUUCUCAGUCAUCCCAGCAGUUGGUGAGCUUGUGACAGGUGAUCGAGAGUCUUAUCAGUAUUUGGUUGAGAGCGUCCGCCGUUUCCCUCCACAGGAGCAAUUUGCCAAAAUGAUUGCAGAAGCUGGAUUUCAAAAGGUAGAAUACGAGAACCUUGUUGGUGGAGUUGUCGCAAUCCAUUCAGGGUUGAAGUUCUAGAGUCGUUCUCAAAGUUAAUGUGGGACUGACUUGGUUUUGGCCUUUAUGGUACCUGGAAGAUCUCACAAUAAGAAAUAGUUUUAUGGUUCACACUUGAUAGGUCUUAGCCACAUAGAUGCAAAUUGAGAAAGAUGUAUUCAAUGUAUUUUAACAUGUUUCUGGGGAUGGCUAUGCUUUUCAUAAGCAGCUGCAGCAUGGCCUUUCUCAUGAACUGUUUUGAAGAAUAUAGUAGCUUACAGCUAUAUUACUAUCAUUUGCAAGUUUGUGACUUCAUAGGAGUUAUUUUCUUCUAGCUUCAUUAAGUAGAUCUGAAGCUCAGUUGUGAAUAAGUUUGAUUGUUUUAGUCAACAAUAAUCGGUGUUGUAGCUUGAUUACUGAAGUAUCAACACAAUUUUG